AUGCCGGAAACUGAAAUGAGUGGUUUGAAAGAACUUUUAAAGAAACGCAGUACGAUUAAAGGUCGUUUAACUAAAUUUAGAGAAUAUAUAACGGUUUUAAAUCAAAUUAAACCUGCAGAUUUAACUGGUGCUCAAGUAAAAGAAAUUUCAUUGAGAUUAACUAAAUUCCAAGAGUUGUUUACUAGUUUUGAUGAAUUGCAAGAUCAAAUUGAACUUUUAAGUACCGACCAGGAUGAACAAAUUAGAGAAAGAGACUUCAUAGAAUCUCAAUUUUAUUCUUUGAUAUCGACUACGCAGGAAAUAAUCGAUUCGAUUUCUCAAAGCAGGGAUCGAGCCGAGGGUUCUGUAAAUUCCAAGCUAUCAGGCACUUGUUCUCAUGCUCUUAAUACAAUCAAAUUGCCCACGAUUAAACUCCCGAAUUUUGACGGGAACUACUUAAAAUGGUUGGAAUUUAGAGAUACGUUCGACUCGUUAAUUAAUUCUAAUGAUACUAUACCUACGAUAAACAAAUUCCAUUACUUGAGGUCUGCUUUAGAAGGCAGUGCUACUGUUGUUAUAAAAUCCAUAGAAUUUACCUCUGCGAAUUACAGGGUUGCGUGGGAUUUAUUAUGUGAAAGGUAUAAUAAUAAAAAUAUUUUAAUAAACAAUCAUCUAAAGGCAUUGUUCAACAUCGAACCUAUAACGCGAGAGUCUUACAAAGCUUUGCGUUAUCUUAUUGAUCAAGUAUCUAAAAAUUUAAGAGCACUCGGAACGUUAGGCUUACCUACUGAGCAAUGGGACGUUUUGGUUAUAUUUAUGAUGUCAUCUAAAUUAGAUAUUAAUACAAAUAGAAAAUGGGAGGAAUACAAGGGUAACCUCUCCGAUUUACCUACGUUACUUGAAUUUAAGACUUUUCUUCGUAAUCGCGCGGAUGUGUUAGAAACCACUCAAGGUACCCGCUCGGAUAAACACACCCAUGACUAUAAGUCUAAUUAUAAGUCACAACAAUCUUCUAAAUCAUUAGUCGCUGCUAAUACGGAAGUGUCAAAACGGAUUGUAUGUAGUAUAUGUAAGAAGGACCACCGUGUGUAUUUGUGUCCCGUCUUUUUAGAAAUGAGUUUGGAGGACAGACAGAGUGAGGUAAAUAAAUUAAAAUUAUGUUCAAACUGUCUCCGCGAAGGGCACAAUGCGCACAGGUGCCGUUUAAAGGGUUGUUGUAGGUCAUGCAAGGGGAAACAUAACAGUUUACUCCAUAAAGAAAUUUCAGAGGUUUUGAAGGCUGCACCCGUCUCUUUGGCAAUAGCUGGCGCAAAAGAAGUACUACUGUGUACCGCUCUUGUAGAUAUAGUUAAUCCACAGAACAAUAGCUGUCAAAGGGCUCGAAUAUUAUUAGAUACUGGGAGUCAAUCCUGCUUCAUGACUACUAAUUUCAAAAAUAAAAUGGGUUUAUCUGUAAAUCGAGUGAAACCUAUAAACGUAUCGGGUAUAAAUAAUAUCGGUUUUGAUAUAUCUGAGCGCUGCUGUGUACAAUUAAAUUCUAGAGUAUCUUCUUUUACGGCUAAGUUGAGAUGCCUCAUUGUACCUAGGAUUACCGGUAGCGUGCCUAAUAACAAAAUUGAAUUGCAGAACUUGAACUUACCAUUAAACAUCGAGCUGGCCGACCCUGCAUUUUAUCAACCAGCUGAUAUUGAUAUACUUAUAGGCGCAGAUGUUUUUUGGGAUAUUAUAGGUACACAACAGAUCAAGUUAGGUCAAGACAAGCCUACGUUGCUAGAUUCAAAACUGGGGUGGCUUGUGUCUGGCCCAGUAGGUAAAAGUACUUGUAACGAUAAUUUUAUGUGUAAUUUUAAUCAAUUAGAUAUUUAUGAAAGUAUGAAAAGAUUCUGGGAAGUAGAAGAGUUACCUACGACUAAAGAUAAUUUAUUCUCUGUAGAAGAGCAAUUGUGUGAAACUCAUUUUGUAAAUAACACUUCAAGGUUAAGUAAUGGUAGAUUUUCUGUUAAAAUGCCGUUUAAAGAAUCACCCGAAGAUUCUUUGGGUGAGUCAUUUUACAGUGCACGCGGAAAAUUCUUGAACCUUGAGAAGAAAUUGAAUAAAAAUUUAAAUUUUAAACAAAAAUACGUUGACUUUAUUAAAGAAUAUCAGGAAUUAGGACAUUUAUCAGAGGUUGAUCGACCUUCAUUCGGUUUUUAUUUACCUCACCAUGCGGUAGUACGUGAGGAGAAGGAAACUACAAAAGUGAGAGUCGUGUUCGAUGCGUCUGCUAAAUCAUCUUCUGGGAAGUCACUAAAUGAUAUCCAAAUGGUAGGGCCUGUAGUUCAGAGCGAUUUAUUCGAAAUUUUAUUGCGUUUUCGUAUACAUAAAUUUGUAUUAACUGGGGACAUUGAAAAAAUGUAUCGGCAGAUAGAAAUAGAUAACUCUCAACGUCAUUUACAGCUUAUCUUGUGGCGCGAAGAUGAGGAACAGCCUCUCAAAAUAUUAAAAUUAAACACUGUCACUUACGGUAUGGCUUCUGCUCCUCAUUUGGCCACUAGAUGUCUCUUGCAAUUGUCUCAGGAAUGCAAUGAUGAAAUUGUUGCUAAUGUAAUUAAACGCGAUUUUUACAUGGACGAUCUGAGUACAGGUUCAAAUAGUGUCGAUGAGCUCAGAAAAAUAUACAACGGUGUCACUCAAACUUUAGAGUCUGCAUGUUUCCUUUGCGCAAAUUUCGCACAAACUGCUCUGAAUUAUUUAAAAAUCAAACUGAUGUGUGCGAGGUUCGUGACUGGAACAAACAAUCUAGCGUCCUAG